AUGCCGAUCGAACGCUUCGACGUCACGGUCGCGUCACGGACGCUGGUGCGGGCCUCCGACCCACCGCGGGACUUCCCCGCCGUGCUCGCGGCCUCCAACCUCGACCUCAUCCUCGGAUCCUUCAACGGCUACCUCAUCGCGGUGUACCCUGCCCCGCCCGCGGGGUUCCCCGCAGUGGCGGAGGCCGUGCGCGCCGCGCUGCCGGCGUUCCUCGCCCGGUUCUUCCCGUUCGCCGUCCGUGUCGUCGCCAACGCCGCCACCGGCGUGCCGGAGAUCGCCUGCAACAACGCCGGCGCCGAGCUCGUGGUCGCCGACGCCGCGGUGGCGCUCGCCGACGUCGACUUCGCCGACGCUGACCGCUCGCUCGGGAACAUCCCGGUGCCCUUCGAGCUGGACCUCGCGCUGUCGCUGCAGCUCAUGCGGUUCGCGUGUGGCGGCUUCGCGCUCUCGUGGGGGACCAACCACCUGCUGGUGGACGGCCACGGCCUGACGGCGCUGCAGGCCGCGUGGACGGAGCUGCUGCGCACCAGCGCCGUCUCGUGGGAGCCCCACCACGGUCGGGCCUCACUCUUCCGGCCGCGCUCGCCGCCGCGGCGCCGGCACAGCCCGUCACUGGACGCCGAGUUCACGCGGUACGCGCCGGGGGAGCUCCCUAACUCCCUCCUGGUGGUCACCCUCGUGCGCCGCGUCUACGUGGUCUCCGCGGCCGACGUCGACCGCCUCCGCGCCGCCGCCCGCCGCGCCACGUGCCUGGAGGCGCUGUCCGCGCACGUCUGGAAGCUGCUCGCCGCGGCCGUCGGCGGCUCCGACACGCACUGCCGCGUCGCGUGGCUCGUCGACGGCCGGCCGCGCCUCGACCCCGCCCGGUACGACAGGGACACCCUGAGACGCUACGUCGGCAACGUGGUCACGUACGCGUCGAGGGAGGCCGCCGUGGAAGCUAUCACCUCGUCCCCGCUGGCCGACGUGGCGGCGAUGGCGCGCGCGGCCAUCGCGGAGGUGUUCCGGCCGGAGCGGUUCGACGAGCUGGUGGACUGGAUGGAGGCGCGCAAGGGGGUGUUGCGGGAUGGCGGCAAGUGGACGGAGGCGGUGGGCGCGGGCACGGGGAGCCCCGCGCUGGUGCUGUCGGCGUUCGUGGCGUUCCGGGUGGACGAGGACUUCGGGUUCGGUCGGCCGCGGCUGGUGAUGCCGUGGGUGCGGCCGGGGCGGCUGGGGUCCGCGGCCAUGAUGGUGGCGCGGAACCCGGAGGAGGACGGGUCGUGGGUGGUGUACGCCAGGAUGUGGCCGCGCCUGGCCGACGCCGUGGAGGCCGACCCGGAGGCUGUGCUCAAGCCGGCCACCGCCAAGCGGCUCGGGUUCGCCGUGAAGCAUACCCAUUUCAUUGAGCCGGCGAGCCGACUGUGA